GCUGUCCUAACAGCAGCACUGGCUCUGGCUGUGAAAGUGUCCUAGGAGGGCUACAGGGCUGCCUGAGGCUCAUCUCCAUCGGCGACAGAAUGGUAGACCUCAUCUCGGUACAGCAAGGGGCGCUGGGAAGGUUCAGCGACCUCCAGAUAGACUCCUGUGGCAUCAUGGACAGGUGUUUGCCCAGCUACUGCGAGCAUGGGGGUGACUGUUCCCAAUCGUGGGACACCUUCUCCUGUGACUGCCAGGGCACGGGUUAUACCGGAGCCACCUGCCAUUCCUCUGUCUAUGAGCAGUCCUGCGAAGCCCACAAGUACAGUGGGAGCCCUUCUGGACCUUACUACAUUGAUGCAGAUGGAAGUGGGCCCCUGGGACCAUGUCUUGUGUACUGCAAUACGACAGAUGGAGUCCCACUGAGCUGGUGGGUUGGAAAAACCAAUGAAACACACUCUUACUGGGGAAGCUCUCUGCCUGGUGCUCACAAAUGUACCUGUGGAUUAGAGGGGAACUGUACUGAUUCUCAAUAUCGCUGCACCUGUGAUGCUGAACAGAAUGAAUGGAACAGUGAUACAAUAGUCCUUUCCCAUAAGGAGCACCUGCCGGUGCCUCAGAUUGUGAUGACAGAUGCAAGUCGACCUCAUUCUGCAGCUGCUCAUCUACUGGGGCCUCUCCUCUGCCAUGGGGACAAGUCCUUUUGGAAUUCUGCUUCCUUCAACACUGAGACUUCAUACCUGCAUUUCCCUACUUUCCAUGAAGAGCUCACUGCUGAUGUGAGUUUCUUUUUUAAGACAACAGUCUCCUCUGGUGUGUUUAUGGAGAACCUGGGGAUCACAGACUUCAUCAGGAUAGAGCUGCAUGCUCCCUCAGAAGUGACCCUUUCGUUUGAUGUGGGGAACGGACCUUGUGAGGUCUCGGUCCAGUCACCCACUCCCUUUAAUGAUGGUCGGUGGCACCACGUAAAGGCAGAAAGGAAUGUGAAAGGAGCAUCUCUUCAGGUGGAUCAGCUCCCUCAACAGAUGCGACCUGCCCCAGCCGACGGGCGCAUCCGCUUGCAGCUCAACAGCCAGCUCUUCAUUGGGGGGACAGCCAGCAGGCAGAGAGGCUUUGUGGGGUGCAUUAGAUCCCUGCAAUUGAACGGGAUGUUCCUGGACCUGGAAGCAAGAGCCACCAUGACUCCAGGAGUAGAGCCUGGGUGUGAAGGACACUGCAGCAGCUAUGGACAUCUGUGUCACAACGGAGGGAGAUGUAGAGAAAAACACAGAGGGAUCACUUGUGACUGUGCCUUUUCUGCAUAUGAUGGACCAUUCUGCUCACAAGAGAUCUCUGCCUAUUUUGAACCUGGCUCCUCAAUGACCUACAAUUUUCAAGAGCAUUACACCUUAAGCAAGAACACCAGCUCCUUGACGGCUUCUUCGCUACAAAAGGAUAUAACAUUUUCCAGAGAAACCAUCACGCUGAGCUUCCAGACAACAGGGACUCCGAGCUCACUGCUCUAUGUGAGCUCCUUUUAUGAGGAGUACCUUUCAGUUAUCCUGGCUAACAAUGGAAGUUUGCAGAUUAGGUACAAGCUAGACAGCUACCAAGAUCCAGAUGUUUUUAACUUUGAUUUUAAAAACCUGGCUGAUGGGCACCUUCACCAGCUGAAGAUCAACAGAAAAGAAGCAGUGGUCUCUGUAGAGGUUAACCAGAGUUCAAAGAGAGAAGUCAUAUUGUCAUCAGGGACGGAAUUCAAUGCUGUCAAAUCCUUGGUGUUGGGAAAGGUUUUAGGCCCUCCCGGAGCAGACCCGGACACGCGGCGGGCGGCGGCGCGCGGCUUCACCGGCUGCCUCUCGGCCGUGCGCUUCGGCUCCGCGGCUCCGCUGAAGGCGGCGCUCGGCGGGGUCCCGCUGCGCGGCGGGGCCUGCGACCGGCCAGGGAGCGCGGGGACUGGCGCCCCGGAUUGCGGGCGGCGCAGGUCACUCAAGACCAGCAGAGGAGGGCGAGCCCUUCCCUCGCGCGGCGCGAAGUGACUCGGGGGUCAUCGGAGGUGUGAUAGCAGUUGUGAUAUUUAUUCUGCUCUGCAUCUCUGCUCUAGCCAUACACAUUUAUCAACAAAGAAAAUUACACAAAGAAAGUGAGUCAAAGGUCUCAAAAAAUGAGGAGUGCUAGGACUGCUCUGGAAGAUGAGCUCAAUAUCAAACCACAGUGGAAGUCAGAAAGACUGUCUUCUGAUUGGCAGCUGUGACUGACCCGCCAUGAAUGUGUUUGCCAGUACUGUUCCUGCCAUCACAGGAAGUGGCAAUGCCAUCAAUUUGCUGAAGACCUGCAGCCUCAGAGAGUUCCAGAGGCCCCUGCUUACCUCUGUGAGACAAGUCCUCCAUUACCAAUCCACACACCAGGGAAUCAAGGAGGGUCAUGAAUCACUGCUGAGCAGGUCCCACACUUUGAAUGCUCUCUUCUGAAACACAGGUUUAAUUUGUGUAGUAAUUGUGGCCUUUCACUGAGAAAAAUGGCCACGAAGCUCUGGUCCUACUUUCUUAAAAAUGGAACAGAACUUUUGUUCACGUUUAAAGACAAAGUUCAACUCUAAUGUUUUUUGUUACUUGGAAACUUACCUGAGAUUCCUUUAUUGCUCCCUUGGUGAUAUUUUAAAAAGGAAAUGCUUCUUAGAUCACUGUCACUGGUGUUUCCAUUGUUCUGGAGUCCAGCACCAAGCGGCGUACCAAAAAUUAAAGAGCAGUUCUACUUUCCCUAUCUAAUGGUCAGUACAGUGCAAUAGAGGUCUGGAUAUGUUAUUACUUUUGGUGUAUUGCUUUUUCUAAUCAACUGUUUUUAAUCAUUUUGAUAAAUUUUAACGUUGAAAUUAAUAUCAAAUGUUAAGUAUAAAAUUUUAAUAUUAAAUUUUGUAAUGGGACAGAAAAUUGAUGGAUAUCAAGGUCCAUAAAGGAUGUCUGGAGAGUCUACCUAUUUUUCUUUGUAAUUUGUAGUUAGUAUAAUUUUUGUAAAUUGUGAUUAUGUUUUUAACUAAAUUAACCAGAUAUAAACACUACUUCUUAUAUUGAAAGAGGUAUCCUUUAGUGAUACCUAUAUCUUAAUGAAACAUUAAUUUAUCUCCCCAAUAUUGUUAGCUUUUCUGUAUCAUCUUAUAUUUUUUUCUGAAGGUUGUUCCCAAUGCCUGUGAUUUCCUGUGACUAUAUUGUACAGACUACCUUCAGUUUCUGAGGAAAAUUAGCUCCAGUUCCUUUUCUAAAUUUUGAAUUGUUCUAGGCACUAAUAUCAUUGUAUAGUCUAAUCUUAUCUAAUUGCUUUUGAAAUAUAAACUGAGGCUCCUCACCCCAAGGAAGCACAGCAUUAUGCUAAAUCUAUAUUAUGGUAAAUCUGCUAUUAAGCACAGGUUUAUGAUCAUAGGGCUAAAUUCUUUUAAAUAGGCCAAAUUGAAUAUAUGAAAUUAACUGAAGCAUGUCUCAUUAACGUUUACACAAACACUAAAAUAGCAGAUGAUUGGAGUUAAAUUUCUUGGGACAGUUCCAGGAACUAAUAUUGAGGUAGAGGUUAGUUGAUAAUUGAAUUGAACUACCAGUCAGCCUCAGUGAACUAAUUAUAUAAAAACAAGAUGCUACUUUCCACAACCCAGACACAAACUGCCUACCAAAGACUAACUAGAUCAUGUAGAUUUUCACAUCAGAGCAAAUUGGAACUAUACUAAUCUAACAUUACUACUACAGAACUAAAUUGUCAUCUUCCUAAUUGUGUUGUUUUUGAAAGAUUCAGGAUUUGUGCUCUCUGUCUUAAGUCUACUCCCAGCAAACAAUAUCUUCUCAGAAUACUUCAUGUCUACUGAUGUUUCGGUGAAUGAUGAAGGAUUAUUAUUUCUACUAUAUUAUUCUCCUCAUGUAAUAAUGUAUGUGGGAUAUACCUUAAUGAAUGAUGUUUUUUGCUUUUUCUCAAAGAUUUAUGCAGGUUGGGGAAGUAUUCAACAAAGAUAUAGUACAUUUUAUUAGUCAGUGUAUGCAUCAUGUAACCACUGACACUUUUACAGACAUUUAUUUUAUUUCACAGAAGAUUUUGGUAGCUGGAGUUUUAUAGAAUUAUAAAGAAUGUAGCACCACAGUCCAUGGUUCUAAAAUAGCACUUAAGAAAAUGCCCAACUUGUCCAAAUUUUCUAGAAAGACAGCAAAAUGGAAGCACCAAAUUGCAUUUGAUGCUUGAUCUACAAUCUUCUGUACUGAUUUAUAGACUUUAUCUUUUUAUUUGAAACUAAAUUAAUUUUUGGUGAAAAAAAAUAUUUUAAGGGAAAUUGUGUAAAAUUUAAAUCACAAAAAUAUGUGUUCUUGCUAAUUUAUACAAAGUGUGCAGAUGAGUAUAUCUGUACUGAUUUGUGCAUUAUUUUACACUUGUAUAUUUGUGAUUAUUAAGAUCUGUUUACCUUUUUAUGAUCUGAUAUUUAUAAGGCAGUAAAUUAUUCCUUCUAAUUAUUAAAUAAAAAUGAAAAAAUAUAAAUGUUUACUGAUUGCUAGAAGUAAAAUUUGUGUGAGUGUAUAUAUCCAAACUUUUGUGAGAGAGAAACCAUCUAACAGUCAACUUGAUGCUGUCAUUGGCACAACAUGGCUCGAAUUAGAAAAUAUUAUGCCGAGUGAAAGAAGCCGAACACUAGAAGCCAGUACUGCAUUUUCUCAGUUAUAUGUGGAAUCUAAAACAGCUGAGCUCACAGAAAUGAAGAAUGGAAUAGUGAUUACCAAUGGCUGGAGUAGGGAAGGAAGGAGAAAUGGUAAUAAAGCACAGAACCUCAGCUGUGAGGAACAAGUUUGAUUUUCUUUACUUUUUAUUUAUUGACUUUUCAGAUCUACUCACUCUGGUGACUACCAGUUAGUUAUAACUGAGUACUAUUUUCUUGUGGCUGGGAGGAUGGAUUUCAAGUGCUCUUAUCACAAAAAUGUCCGAUAUUUUAAGUGAUGAGUAUGUUGAUGGGCUUGGUUUGACAUAUUUCAAAUCAAAAUAUGAUUCAUUGAUUGUUUAACAUACUAUCUCAUUGUUCAAUUUGGGACAAGUUGGGCAUUUUCUUAAGUGCUAUUUUAGCAAUUAUGUUUAAGAGAAGAUACCAACUUUUGUUAUAAAAUAUUAUUCCAAAAAUCACAAGGUUUUUCUACUGAUAAAACAUCAAAUAACAUAUAGUUGAAAGCUUUCUCUUCCUCACAUGGCUCCUAAUGGGUGUAACUCAAGCUAUGACCCUUUCUGACAUGUUAUUGCAAUAGCCAUCAAUAGGCUUUAAAUUAAUGUACUUGAGUGGAAAUGCAGGUGAUAUUUAAUUAACAAGGUUAAAGCUGCUGUUGCUAAGUCUAGGGUUUAUCAUGCCUUAAUUAUAUUGUUAGAGAAAUAUGGUAAAGAAAUGCUUGCUGUUCUCUUCUACUGAUAACAUGUUUUAUUGCGUAUAAAUUCGUCAUGGCCUAAAA